AUGUCGGAGGCCACAUCGUUGCCUCACGAGAUGGCAAGCCUCACGUCUUCGCCUAGGACCAGCGCAGCCUCUUUGCCCGAAGGCCGGGCGCAGACGUUCAACCUUCGGGCGGACAGCAGCUGCCAGUCACUCGAAUACGACUAUUCCCAGACCUUCAAGAAGACCACGACCAACAGAAACGGCGAAAGAAACAAUGGGACCCUGCGCCUGGUCAUCGUGGUUGUGUCCAUGAUGCUGGUGUCUCUGCUGCUGGCGUUGCUAUUGAGGCAUCCACCUCGCAAGCGGUCUGUGGUUGUGGCGACUAAAUUCGGCCUGGUUCGGGCCUUCCAAGUACCCGUGGAGGGCAGUCGACGAGUGAUGCAGUACAUGGGCAUCCCGUACGCCCAGUCGACGGCCCACGAGAACCGGUUUGCAAUGCCCAAAGAUGUCCCACCACUCACAGUUCCCAGUGCGGACCAGACCAUCAAAGCCGUCGAGGAAUGGGACCAGCCGUCGAGGCCUUGCCCUCAGGCUUCGUCACAUCUACCCCAAUGGCUCCAGGUGGCCACGACGAAUGGCUCCGAGGACUGUUUACGACUGAACAUCUGGACUCCGGACUCGCAGUGCCUACGUCAAGGACCGUUAUGCGGCAAUCGAACGGUCGUCGUCUUUAUCCACGGCGGUGAUUUUCUCUACGGUUCCAACGCAGGAUACGACGGUACGCUGAUGUCAUCGAGAGGCGACCUUGUAGUGGCCGUGCCAAACUACCGGCUCGGCAUCCUGGGUUUCGUCAACGGACGUUCUCCGGAGAAUCCCGGAAACCUGGGCCUGUACGACCAACUCUCGGCUCUGCGGUGGCUUAGGGCCAACGUCGGGUACUUCGGCGGCGACGCCAAGCGGAUGGUUCUGGUGGGGCAUGACAGCGGAGCCACAUCCAUCGGAUACCUUUUGCUUAGUCGCCGCAAGGAGCUGGUUGACAUCAGUCGAUUUGUCUUCUUGAGCGGCAAUCCCUUCACGAGGUACACCAGAUCCUCGGAUGACACAAGGACUGUCAUACUCAGCGCCGCGAAGCAGUCCCAAUGUGCCCCGAAGGACCCCAAUUGGCCUAGCCACGGCGACAACGCCAGCGUGGAAGAGCUGCUCUCGUGCCUGAGACACGUGGACUUAAACCAGUUGGAGCCUUGUAUCCAGAGCAGCAUCGGUUGGGGACCCAACCUGAACGACAAGACCCUGUUUCCCAAUUCGCGCUUGGCGUUGCUUGGCAACCAGUCUUCUCUCGCUGGGAAACGUUUCCUGAUCGGCACUUACGCGGACGAUGCCUAUUCGGUCACGAACAAUAUUACUCAAUACGAAACGAAGUCCGUCAUCAAAACACAGUCCUCUCGACGCAAAGACGGAACGACCCUCAUUCAAGUUGAGAAACGUCUGCAGAAUCACACGUUCACGGCUGAACACUUGGCGAACGCCGGAAGUGACGUCUACGUGUACUUCCUCGCUCGAAGUCUGGUUCACCCAACGAAGUCCACCUCUUCGGGAAAAGACUACGCCGACGUAGGCAUGCUCAUGAGCAGGAACGUCGGUGCGAAGUGGUCGUCUUCCGGUUUUGUCGCCCUGCCGUCGUUUCUCGAUACGGUCGUGCUCUUUGCGAAGACUGGGUAA